AUGAGCCAGAUGUGCGGCCACCGUGAUCCGACAAAGAUCACCAGCUUCCAGUUAAGCAAAGAGGACGUAGUCCUCAAGGCUAGGCAAAUUUGCCAAACUGAGAUGCCAACGGACUGGGAGUGGGGCCUCCUUCCAAUCUGCUCCCAGAAUCCCCCAGCUGCUGAAACCUGCGAGCGCUUUCCUCGCAUUGCUGCUGAGGCACUACAAGGCCCCAUCCGCAAUGCCAACCCACCAAUUGUGGAGCACGCCACUCCGCUGGAGGCAAUGGUUGGCCAGGAGUUCCUGGAUAAACUUGCCUCCAGGGGCCAGAAGAAGAAAGCUCCGGCACCUGAAGCUGGUACGAGUGAUGCUCCUCCCCCCAAGCGCUCCCGGAAGGAAAUUGUUGCCGGGAAGGAGGUCACGUCCAAGCGCUAUCGGAAGCGGGAAAUGCCGGUUUCUUCCGGCCCUCCGCUCAAGAUUUCCAAGAGCGCCACUGGCAUGAGGCCGGAAGGCUCUGAGGGUGCCGCCAAGGCCUCUCCUCCUCCUCGACCAAGUCCGGUACCAUCUGGUGCCGGCAAACCUCCAGCCUCCCCCCGGGGAGGCAACACAAGUGCGGGGCGCGCGGCCCCUGAACCUUCAGAUCACCGCGCGGAGGAGGAUUUCUUUUCCCCUCCGGAAGCUCAAGACACCAGCGCCAGCAACAUUGGCACCGGCACAGAAGAUGCCGGGAGGGCGGAACCUCUGGUUCCUCCCGUCCCGGAGAAGACGACGACAUCUACUUCCUCCCCUUCUAAGUCCGUGCUGGAUUCUUCCGCGCCGGCAAGCUCCUCUGCGGCAAAGGAUGCACCGGAAGCUCCUGCGCCCCCACCGGCUGCUCCUACCGGCAAGCCAGCCACCGCCAAGCCUACGCCUCCACCGCAAGAUCCUGCCGCGGUGGCCAGCGCCGCCAGCUCUCCUUCCUCCGGCUCACGGAGCCUCGUGCUGCAUGCCGGCCGCGCCGCCCUUGUGGCCGGAGAGACGACAUCAGCUCAGCUGGGCCGGAUCACCGAGCUCACCCGCGGAGGAGCCGACCUGGGCCACCUCGCCGAUUACGCUGAAAAGUGGAAUCGAGCGGAUCUGUCCCCCGCGACGUUGGGCCUGGGGAAGGACAAGCUGCCGGUAAUUGAUCCUACCGGCCCCCGGAGCACCGGGCAGCACUUUGGCCGGUUGCGGCGCGCGGUCAAAGAAUUUGACAACGCGUGGCACGACGCCAACCAAAAUGUGGCGGUAAGUUGCACAAACUUCACAAAAAUCUAUGCCGCUGUGCCGGAAGCCACCGUCAAGGACCUCGCCGACCAGCUCGCCGCGCUCAAAGCUGAAAAGGAGCAGCUUGCCAAGGAGCACCAACAAGCUCUGGAUGCUCAGAGGACUCGCUUCUCCGAGCUGAAGGAUAAGCUCAUGGAGGCUGAAGUCCGGCACUCUCAGGAGCUCAAGGACGCCCAAGCUGCCACUGAGACAAAGCUGGACGACACCUUGAAGGAGUUUGCCCGCAACAGCAAGGUGCUGCGGUCGGAGCUGGAAGAGGAGAGCAAGGCGCGAAAGGCCGCAGAAGAACGGAUCGGCGUCCUCACCACAGAUCAGGCUGCAUAUGACCGGCUGGUCAUGCAGGCCAAUGCCCUGGCCUUCAAACUCUUCCCAGAUUCACAGGUGCACGCUGUCAAGAAGGUGGCGGAACGUAGGGCUGAGCAAUCCAUGACCAAUCCGGAUGCACCCUGGGACUCCUAUGACCAUCUUGUGGCAUUGGCCGCCCGGAUCUGCCAUAUGAGAGCUGUGGACCGGCACCUGGUCGAGCUGCCGGAGAGGGCCAUAGAGAUUUUCAAGGUCUUCCUCCACGGCGAUGCGCCCACAGAUACAGAUCCAAUCUUGUCCGCCAAGCGCCAGGAUCGCGCCUACCGGAUCGCGGAGUUUGCCCAAACGCGCACCUUCAUCCCUCCUCCUUCCGGCGUCAGAGACGAAAUCUCCGAUGACGAAGAAGAUGCUGAGGACGAGGAGGAUGAGGAAGCCGCAGAAGGCAGCGCCCCUCCGGAACAAGGCGACGCUCCGCCGGAAGCUCCUGAAGCCGGUGCACAGCCUCCGGUUGCCUGA